AUGAUGGGCAACGUCUUAAGCCAGUUCUACUUCAUUCCGACCCCGCAUCUCACUGAGAAGAACUGUCCCGACCAAACAGGGCGGGUGUUCCUCGUGACUGGUGGCUAUGCCGGUGUGGGCUUCGAAUUAUGCAAGAUACUCUAUGACAAAAAUGCGACUGUUUGGAUCGCAGGCCGCAGCGAAUCUAAAGCCCAAAAGGCAAUUUCGAGCAUCAAGGAAGCGUCACCCAAGAGCAACGGCCGCGUCGAGUUUCUGUACCUUGAUUUGGCCGACCUGUCCACCAUCAAACCCGCGGUCCAAUGUUUCACUGCUCGAAACAACCGCCUCGAUGUCUUGGUGAACAAUGCCGGCGUCAUGUACCCUCCCAAGGGGAGCACCGAUGCCCACGGAAACGAGCUGCAGCUAGGCACUAACUGCCUCGGGCCGUACCUACUCUACCGGCUGCUGCUCCCCCUCCUCACGCAGACGGCCGCCUCCUCGCCCACAGCGAGCGUGCGCGUGGCAUGGGCCGCAUCCAUCGCCGUAUUCGUCACGGCGCCGAAACCGCACGGCAUCGUCCUCGGUGACGACGGUCGCCCCACCGACCAGGGCGUGGUCUUCAACUACGGCCAGACCAAGGUCGGCAACGUCUUCUUCGCGCGCGAGGAAGCCGAGACGACUCCCCACACGGGCGUCGUGCAUGUUGCGUUCAACCCGGGCAAUCUGCGCACUGAGCUGCAGCGGCACUGGACUGGACCGGGAGCUUGGUUCACGGACAAAUUUAUCGUGUAUCCGGCCAUCUACGGCGCGUACACGGAGCUAUGGGCCAUACUUACGCCCGAGUUGACGCCCGACAAGAGCGGGGCUUAUGUCUAUCCCUGGGGUAGGCUCGGUAGUCUUCCUGAUGGGGUCGAGGAUGCCAUGAAAGGGGAGAGGGGUGUCGCAGCUAGAUUCGUGGAAUGGUGCCGGAAGCAGAUCGAACCCUAUGAGUAGCGCGGACUGAAUGGAUCGCGCCUGGCGUCCCGAACUUGACGUGCCGAUCAAAGUUCAACUUUGUUGAUUGACGGAGCAAACAGAUAACCGAAGAUUAUUCUCUUGUAUUAGUACCCAACUUGAACUUGGCGACGGAGCCAUUGAGCGAGCCUGCUAGUACCAACCAGGAACUAUAUAAACCCAACAUCUGAUACCAUCUACACCGU